CUUCAUUAUUAAAUAUUCAGUCCCCACCCAAAGUCUCUCCCCUCCACAACCCCUCUUCACACUCUCCUUUCGCCUUUUUUUAAAUUCCACCACUUUCUUCAUUCCUCCCUCCCUCCUCCCUCUCUCUCCUCCUCCUUGUUAUAUAUCAACCACACUGCUCGACGACAACCUCCCUCCAACACUUUCAUCCUCUUCUCACAACUCAAUGGGUUUUGCCGAUAUGUCUAAUACGGGCCUCCGCCUCGGCCUCGGCCUCGGCCUCGGUCUUCCCCAUGAGUCAGAGAAUUGCCGCGGAGAAAUCCGACAGAAGAAAGAAGAGGAUCCGUACAAAUGUGACCAGAAGGCGUACCCGUCUCUUACUUUAGGACCGCCUGAUGAUCAGGACGCCAAUCGGCAGCUUCCUCCGACCAAGACUGAAUCUGUUCAUUUCCAUGCAAUAUCCUCUUCUUCUCCCAGCGCCGCCUCUUCCUUCUCCAACUCCUCCAGCAUCAAGAGGGAGAAUAAGGAGUUUGUCGGCGACGAGCUUGAUUUGGAAGUAGAGAACAAGGUUAAUCCCUCCAGGGCUGGCGUCGACGUGGACGACGAGGGUAAUCCCAGGAAGAAACUCAGGCUCACCAAAGAACAAUCUGCUGUUUUGGAGGACAGCUUCAGAGACCACUCUACUCUCAAUCCCAAGCAAAAGCAAGAAUUGGCAAGAAAGCUAAACCUGCGUGCGAGACAAGUGGAGGUUUGGUUCCAAAACAGGAGAGCUAGGACAAAACUGAAACAAACGGAAGUUGACUGUGAGGUACUCAAGAAGUGCUGCGAAACGCUAACGGAAGAGAACAAGAGGCUGGAAAAGGAGUUGCAAGAACUGAGAUCAAUGAAAACGACGUCGCAGGGACCCUUGUAUAUGCAGCUUCCGGCAGCCACCCUCACCUUAUGCCCUUCUUGUGAGAGGAUUUGCGGCGGAGGCGGCGGCUCCCCCGCCAAUGGCUCUCCUGCUACUACCGCCUUCCUGAUCGGAUCAAAGGCCCAUCACUUGUACAAAAGCAGCUACCCAUUCACCCACUCAUCCGCAGCUUGCUAGCCAGCCAGCUCGGCUGCCGCUGCACACAAAAUUUCCGAGUCCGUCUUAUUUUUGUUCGGGAAUAUUUAGCCAGCCGGCGCAAAUUAAUUCGCAGUAAUUAGCUAGUGCUGUAAGAUUUUCAGGAAUUAAGGGUAGAUAUUUCAAGCAAAGUAUAUAUGAAUUAAAGGCACUUUUUCUUUUUCCUUCUCUAAUCCGUAUGUAAGAUAUUUAUCACUGGCGCUGAUUAUGAGUAAUAAUAGGGCAACUAAGAGUUCAUGUCA